AGAGGAUAGUCUUUGGCAAAUCUCUACACUCGACAAGUUAAUCCAAAGGUCCCUACCUCGUCAGGGAGAUCCAUGGUUACGUCGUGUAGAAAAGGCAAUUUCCAGAACUCGCAACAGAAAGGAUAUUAUGACCACCUUUAACACGCUCGAAUCCUCAAAGUCAACAAUUGCCCUGUAUCUUCAAAAGAAAGCAGGAGACACGAUGAAUGAAAUAAAUGCAUUAGAAAGAAAACACGCAGAAAAACUAUCGAUGGUUCAGCGGGAACAUAUGAUCCUAUCCUCAGAAUGGCUCAGGCCUAACAACACUGGUUAUAUAUAUGAGGACAAAUCGCCUGGAACCUGUGAGUGGAUUUGGAGCACGCCGGAGUUCGUGCAGUGGAUCUCAUCGCCAUCAGCCCCAAGCCGCUUGUUAUGCGUACACGGAGUGAAUGGCUGCGGAAAGUCCAUGCUGGCGAGAUGUACAGUCAGAGAAAUGAGAGAAAAGAAACAUCAAACUCUGUUCUUCUCCUUCUCAGGAGUAGACGGCGAUCGGAAGACCUUGAACUCGUUGGCUCGUUCACUACUCUAUGAUCUCCUGGUGGAAACAUCCGACGAAGGCAUACAUUCGACUGUGGCUGCCUUGAAGGGCCGAAACCCUAUGACAACUGCAGAUCUACUCGCAGCGUUACUGAAGUCAAUAGAAAGUAUUGGUAAGCCAAUCUACUGCGUGAUAGAUGGGGUCGACGAAUGCGAUGAUGAGAACAACGAUCAAAAUCGAGGAUUGCUGAAGUGUGUCCUCGAUCUCGUCAAACUCCCCAACUGUCACGUGGCCCUCGUUGGUCGACCAUAUGCACUUCAAACUGCAGUCGGCUUAACGCCUCUGAUCAUUGAGAUGAACGCUAGCAUGGUAAAGUCAGACAUCGAGAGGUUUAUCCACGACCAGUUAGAGAAAUCUCCCAUCCCAAGUGCCCAUGGACUGAAAGAUGAAGCGGUCAGGACUUUGUGCGAAAAGUCAGAUGGAAUGUUCCUUUGGGUCAAAUUCGCAAUUGAAGACCUACGCGAGGCAAUUUUAUCAGUCCCAACGGGGGUUAAUUGGACAUCCAUGCUACAACUCAAAGAAUUGAGUCAAUUACCAGUCCUGGCAAGAUGGAUGCAAUCGCGCUAUACCCAGUCACAAAGGGAUAAUGGAGCCCAUUCUCUCCCACUCGAAGGCUUGGAGAUGGACGAGAAGCUCCCACACCAAAGAACAUUGGUAUUGGCUAUCACCCAAUUUUCUUUAAUUCCCUCCACGGGACCACCUCGAUAACAAAUCUUCCGACGACUUCCCCCGAACCCGCUGGAUAGAAGGUGAGCAUCUGCGUGCAACGAUCACAGCUGCAGCCCUACUCGUCAAUACCAUCCUCUUUAUUCUGG